AUGCAGACCGAAACCGCAGUUGAAGACAAUGAGAAGAAAGCACAUCGAAAAGAACAGAAGCAGACUGAAACCGCAGUUGAAAACAAGAAAGAAGAUGAGAAAAGAGGUGAAAAAGAAGGCGGCGCUAACGAAAAGGAAAAGGAAAAAGGUGGUGAGGGAAAGGAAAAAGAUAAAAAGGAAGGCGUCGGAAAGGACAAGGAAGGACAGGAGAAAAAAGAAGCUAAUGAUAAGGCCAAUGAAAAACUUCAAAAAGAGGCUGCUGAUGACAAAGGAAAGGAUAAAAAAGAGGUGGGAGAAAAUAAAGGAAUGGAUAAGAAGGAAGAAAAGAUCCUUGGGAAUAAAUAUGAAAACAAAGGCCUUUAUAAUCCAAGCCCGUUCGUUAAUCUAAAUCAGAUCAGCAAAACGGCUAGUUCCAAGAGAGAACGUAAUCUAACAGAUACACGGCAUCAAAUUACGCCGUGUUCAAACCCAACACCAUUUUAUAGUUUCAAGAAACUGGGUAACAGAAGCACAGAAUUCAACUCAAUAUCUCAAUAUCUGUAA